GUGAUUGGUGUCUCGUUGUUCUGUAGUAAUUAUAAGAACGUCUUUAGUUAGCUAGCAUGUUUUUCAAGGGAAAACUCCUUAUUCUUCUAUUGAUAAUAUCUUCGUCUCACCUUGCACAUUCCCGGGGAAUGGGGAUUUCACACGUCUUCCAGGACCAGAAAGGCAAUUUUGCUUACUCUCAAUAUACUCAGGAUGGAACAGCAGACAUUAAUCUACAACAAGCUACACUAGGUGGCGGUAAUGUCAAGGGAGUCAACGACAAUUUCUCUCCUGAGCCAAGCAAGUCAGCUUCACGUGAAAUACUUCAACCAGAGGCCAACAGUCGACGUCACGAACCUCCUGUAUACCCACCAAUAAACAAAAACCUUCUUUAUUCCAUGGGCUACAUUUACGUUAAAGACUUUUCUCCUCAGUCGGAUUUCUUUUAA